AUGUUUAUGUUCGUUGUAGCUGUCUUCACAGCUGAAGUAGCCGAAGAUAUCGAAGAUGAAUCUCUUUCUAAACGUGAUCCUGAGGCAUACUACAAAAAAUACUAUCCAAAAUACCACAAACACAAAUACUACAAACACAAGUACUACCACCAUAAACGUGAUGCCAGUCCUGAACCAGUAGCUGAUGCUGAACCAAAUGCCGAAGCCGAUCCUGAAGCAUACUACAAGAAAUACUAUCCAAAAUACUACAAAAACAAAUACUACAAACACAAGUACCACCACGACAAACGUGAUGCCAUAGCUGAUGCUGAACCAAAUGCCGACGCAGAUGCUGAAGCAUACUACAAGAAAUACUAUCCAAAAUACUACAAACACAAGUACUACAAACACAAGUACCAUCAUUAG